GUCAACUUGUCAAUAACAAGAAGAAUCGAACGUAGUGUUUUUGAUAGUAAUUUUGUUGAAUUCCUUCGGGUAAUAGUAAUAGGACAGUAUCACGCACGUUAUCGAGCAUCAUACUCGUAAGUCGUUGGUGAGACGUGACAGUAGGGUCGCUCGGCGGGGAUGCGGGCGUGGUAAGCGCGUGCGGGCCGGAGGAGCUCGGCUCGGCCGCAGCAGCGCGGCAUGUACGACAGCGCCUGCGGCGCGGCCGCGGCCGGCGUUGCCGGCGGGCAGUGCGGCGCGGCGCAACCCGAGCGUGGCGAGCCACCCGCUCGGGCGCCGCCGCCGCCGCCGGAGCGCGACUACAGCGGCUUCGAUAUCGUCAAAGCGACGCAGUACGGCGCCUUUGCGCGCGUCAAGGAGCUCGUCGAGGCUGGCUGGGACGUGAACCAGCCGGACCACGAGACGGUGACACUACUGCACUGGGCGGCGAUCAACAACCGGCGCGAAAUCAUCGAGUUCCUGCUGUCUCGCGGCGCGCGCGUCGAUGCGGUGGGCGGCGAGCUACGGUCGACGCCGCUGCAGUGGGCGGCGCGGCAGGGCCACCUGGAGGCCGUGGUGCUGCUGGUGCGGGCUGGAGCCGACCCCGCGCUGCGGGACGCCGAGGGCUGCGCGUCGCUGCACCUUGCGGCGCAGUUCGGGCACACGGCCGUAGUCGCAUACUUGGUGGCACGCGGCGCGGACGCGGACGCGGGCGAUGCGGGCGGUAUGACAGCGCUCAUGUGGGCGUGCUGGAAGGUGGCGGCUGUGGACCCGGCGCGCCUGCUACUCACGUUGGGCGCCAGCACGCAGCCCGCGGACCGUGCGCAUGGCAACACGGCGCUACACUGGGCCAUUCUAGCCCGUAAUGCCACUGCCGUCUCCACCCUAGUGCUCUAUGGCAACGCGAGCCUGGAGGUGCCGAACGCGCGCGGGCAGACGCCGCUGGCGAUGCUGGCGGCGCCGGCGGGCGGCGGGGGCGGGGGCGGGGGCGGCUGGGUGCCGGCGCGGGUGGCCGAGCGCGUGCGCGCGGCUGCGGGCCGCAGCGGGCGCGGCGCGUGCGGGCGCGCGCUGCUGCACGACCGGCAGCUGCGCUGGUGGCUCAUGGCCGGCACGCCGCUGGCCGCCUUCUACCUCACGGGGCUGGUGCUGGAGCUGGCGGCGCACGCGGCCGUCAAGCUGCUGCUGCUGGGGGCGCUGUACGCGGCGCUGCACGCGGCCGCGCACGCUCUGCUCGACGACGACCUCAAGAACGUCUUCCCGCUCAGCGUCUACCUCGCCACCAAGGUGUGGUUCUACAUCACGUGGGCGGUGUUCAUCGCGGGCGCGGUGGGGGCGGGCGCCACGCUGCUGUUCGUGGCGUCGUCGCUGCUGCUGUGGUACUUCUUCCUGAAGUCGUGGCGCUCGGACCCGGGCGUGAUCUCGGCGUCCCGCGCCGAGCGGCUGCGCACCAUCGUGGAGCUGUCGGAGCGCGGCCGCGGGGGCUUCGAGCCGGCUCGGUUCUGCUCCGCGUGCCUGGUGCAGCGCCCGCUGCGCUCCAAGCACUGCUCCGUCUGCAACCGCUGCGUCGCCAAGUUCGACCACCACUGCCCCUGGGUCGGCAACUGCAUCGGCGCCAAGAACCACGUGUACUUCAUCGGGUUCCUGGUGAGCCUGCUGGGCAUGUGCGUGUGGAUGGUGUGGGGCGGCGUACAGUACUACCGGCAGCAGUGCGGCGACGAGGGCUCGCUGGUGGACGCGGCGCUGAGCUGGGCGCACUGCAACGCGUGGCUCAUGUGGGUGCUGGCCAACGCCGCCUUCCACCUGUUCUGGGUGACCGUGCUGACGGGCUGCCAGCUGUACCUGGUGGUGUUCCUGGGCAUGACGACCAACGAGCAGCUGAACCGCGGCCGCUACCGCCACUUCCAGGCGCGGGGCGGCCGCUCGCCCUUCUCCCGCGGCCCGCUGCACAACUGCGCGGACUUCUUCCAGUGCUCGCUGUGCGGCCUGCUGCAGCCGCGGGCCUCGGACUGGGCCGCGCCGCACGAGCCGCCCGGGCCGCUCGCGGCCCACGGCCAGCUGCCCGACGACGCGCAGCCCAUGCUGGGCGCCGAGCCGCAGCACUACGUGUGACCGGCCGGGCACGAGGAGGCGCCGCCGGACGGGGCCCGCUAGGGACGCCAGCGGGGUGCUCCAUACUAUGCCCCCCGGUGAGGCGCCGAGCAAUAAUGCGUUGCCUUAUCGUUUGCAGAGUACAAGUGCUUAUUGUGUUAAUGUAGUGUUUAUUUUUUGUAUCACAUAAUCGAAUGAGAGAACGUUGCGUCGUCCGAGCGAUCCGUACAUUAUGUAUGUUGAUAUUUUUAAUAUUACUGUUAGACUAUUUUGUAUUUCCCUUUUUGAUAGUUUUGUCUACAAAUAACAAAUCUAAAAAGCGAGCUCCUUUCGUAUAGCUUAGUUAUCGAACAAAUGUAAUACAAAGUAAGACGUCAGUGACGAGCGACUGAGACGCGGGCGACCUCGAGCUGCCUCGUGCGUAUCAGGUAGCUCUGUGUUGUGGACCGCUAAUUGGAGAUGGGUAGCCCAAUGUACACGGACGGCGCGGUCCCAUGUUAUGUGUGCUGUGUCGACACAAUGUCUGUAAUCUACGUAUAUCUUAUCAGUCUAUCACUCUGUAUUGGAUGAUUUAUGUUUCAAUGCUACCGAUAAUCACUGAUAUGACCGUAUGACAUAUUGUAUUCAUACUCAAAAAGAGAACAAAGAAUGUGUUAACAUUUAAUGACAAAUAGUAACAUAACAUUUAUUUUAAAUUAUCUCAUUCGAGUUGACACUCACUUGUCGACUGUCAUUAGGUAACUUAUGUAGGCGCAUCGCAGUUGUAAAUUAUUAAAUAAUAAUUAAUUUGUUGCUAUUAGUAAUACAUUGCUACCAUCACACAGAACAAUUAAUCGUCUUUGAGCCACCAUCAUUGUGCGCAAACGACGGCCGACCGCGUCCCCGAGUGUUCACUAUGUAGUGAAUAGUGAUCAUCAUCAUCACGUGGAAAAUAUCAAUCCGUUUGACCUAGUUCAAAUUACAACAAUAACAAAUAUAUUAAAUGUAUGUACAUGACACAGUAUUGUAGAAUACACGUUCGUGCCGCAAGGUUGAACUAUAUCAUGUAUUAAGUAAGUUACACAGUAGGUGUGCGGCAGUGGAGCGGGCGACUGCGGCGCCGUGGCCGCCGCGCGCUGCAGCGCGGCUCGUUCACUGCCAGGAUCGCUUUUACAACAUUUUAAGCAUAUUUUUGAUGUAUAUAAUAAGUUAAUAAGAAAUUUUAUCUAAAUUCCAGAUUCUACGCUUUUUGUCGAUAGUCACUGUGUACCAUAUAAAUUGAAUGUAAGAAUUUAACGAUUUAUAUUAUAUAUUAUAUAUAUAAAGGUCCGAUGUGUGCUUGUUAUAAAAACACAUAGACUAACAGUCGAGGUGAACAAUGCUGAUUAUAAUAUAUGUUUUAAUAAGCAUCGUUCAGUGUUUUAAAGUAUAAACUAGUUGUCUAUACUUUCCUUAUCAAUCUUCUGUGGUGUAAAGUAAUUGGACAAAGUCGCUCGACAGCGAGCGCGGGCGCGGCCGAGGCAGAGACGCGUCACGUGGGCAACGGAAUCUGGACAUGUCGAAUUCUUGUGUAAAUGACUUGAGUUUGAAAUGGCGCAAGUGUAGGGAGCGCUGGUAAUUGUAAUAAAACCCCACACAAAUAAUGGAAUGAACUGUAUUACUUAGGAUAUUAUAUUAAAUUUUGAUCCCAACAUUGAGACGCGUUGGUUUGCUCGCGCUAGAGAUGUGACUGACCAUAAAUGGUAGACUAUUGGGUAUGUCCCAUACAGCAAGGAUUUUUGAUUUUCUUAAAAUAGCGCUAGUAGCUGUAAGCUAACAAUGUAUGUAUUUUCGGUUACCUCUAAGUUGAUGAUGUUUUUUGUACAAGUAUCUGUGAGGGACUUUCCAGGCUAAGUUCCCCAAAAAUAAUAUAGAUACCUAUUUUCUCAUUACUCUGGUGCAUAAUUGAUAUUUGGAUCAGAUUAUAUACAGAAUUAUGUUCCUAACUAUAUUGCUUCUCUUUUAUUUUAAUUAGAAUAAUAAUGGGAAAAGGAUGUAUUGUGCUUGGGUGUAAUAAAAAAGCGUCAUCAUUUAUACCAAAAAAAGAUAAAAGAUGCAUAAUUAUGUCUGUCAUCGAUUGAAUGUUAAACGAAGGCAAUUUUCCACAGCGCCAUCUACAGUUUUGAUGAAGUUAGUCUGGAAGUCCCUCAUUCAGGCUCAUUCGCGUAGAAUCCAUGGCAGUAGUCGCCAGUCACUUAUCUUCAUUCUUCAUCAAAUUGUACAUGCACAUGUCAAAGAAUAAAUAACUACAAUACGGUAGGGACCGAUUUGUUCCUGUCUCCAGAACAACUUUUUUUUAGUUUCGAGAUUUAAAAUUUCCAGUGUUCUGCACGUCCAACUGUAUAGGUAUUACAAUCACUCCAAUGUUGUAUGCCUGCCUCGGCCCGGUUGAUACCAACUCUUGUAAUGAUAACAUUGAACUAUAAAUAAAACCAAAUGCAUUUGAAUAAUAAAUAAAAUAUAAAUUACUUUAUUUA